AUGCCGGUUCGGGUUACCGAAGAGCAGGUGAAAGCUGGCCGGGCCAGCCUGGACGAACUGGCGGAAGCCGCCGGUCGCGACCCUGAUUCCAUCCAGUUGAUAGUCUGCAACAUCAAUCCUGACAAGGACCUCGUCCGCCGUUAUGAGGACGCCGGGGCCACCAGGGUUACCAUCCCCCUACCCUUGGACUCGGGCGAAGGGUCUCUCUCGGAAAUGGACCGCAUCGCCGAGCAGGUCUUCGGCUAG